UCAUGUUGAUUUAUUUGUAAUAUUUCGAAGUGGUAUUCUUAAUACAUGUAUCACAUUCAUGUUUUUUUCGUGCUAAUAAUAAAAUAUGCAAUAAUAUAACCUUUCAGAAUGCAGAAGUGCAUUUUCAAGAAACUUAUAUUAACAGCAAUUAAGAACAUUGCGAUACAAAUGACUAGUUCUUGGAUAUUGAUGCUAUGCAAUUAUGAAUUUUGUGGUUGAAAAUGUAAUAAAGAUAUCUGACCUUUAUAGGUAAGUAUUAAUAUGAAUCAAAACUUUGCUGGAUUAAAAAAAACAUCCAUGUUCACACGCAGUGAAUACAUCAGGGAUUUUUGUGUGUGCAUGUUAUAUUAUAUUCGAUUAAAACAAAUUUUAUUUGUAUUUCUAAUCCACGACAAUGCCCAAAUUUGCAGUUCUUUUGCUUGGAGGGGAUUGGCCUUAGCCGUUCUGGUAAAGGUAUGUCUGUCCGUGUCCAAUAGAUGCCUUCCAGGAGAUGACUGCUUUCCAACCAAUCUGGAGGUCAUAAAGUUCAUGGAAACCCUAGAUGGAACACUGCAUUUCCCCCACAUGGCAUCAUACGACGCAUUAGUUGUACAGAGGGAAACCAUUUACACGAAAUUUCCCUUCGCUAUCAUGGAGGCCAAAAACAUUAACGACGUCCAAAAGAGCGUCCUUUUUGCCCGGAAAUGGAACAUGUUGGUCUCUGUUAAGACUUCUGGACACGAUUUCAUUGGUCGCUCCACGGCGCACGGAAGUCUCAUGAUUUAUCUGGGUAGCAUGAAUGAUACAAAAGUCAAUCUAUCCUCCACCAGAAAUCCCGCGGGAGAGAUCACAUGCGAGAGCGGAAAUACUUGGCUUAAAGUCUACAAUGAGGUAGAUAAAAUCAACCGUGUAAUCAUAGGCGGAAGCGCCCAUACAGUAAGCAUGGCCGGGUACACGCUAGGGGGCGGCCAUAGUCCUAUGUCCCGGAUGUUUGGAAUGGCUGUCGACAACCUUCUGGAACUGGAAUUCGUUACAGCAGACGGUCGUAUUGUCGUGGCAAACGAUCAGAUGACCCACAUUACGUACCCUAACGGUAGCGUGACCACUUCAGACGACACCGACAUUUUCUGGGCCUCCAAAGGUGGCGGCGGGGGGACGUUUGGCAUAGCAACCAAAUUUACGUACAAGCUUCACUACCCCGCUCCCCAAGUUGUACAAUUUGUUUGUGGCUACCCGAUAAUUCGUCCAGGUGGGCAAGAUAUAGGUUUUACUGUUUUAAAGAAAAUGUUUUCGAUGGUUCAGAAUUUGCCCAAAGAGUGGGGAGGAUAUCUUGUUGCCUCUGGACUUCCAGGUGCCAAUGGGAACUGGGGGAGCAUCGUCCUAGCUAUGAACCAUUACGGGAAUUAUGUGUCUGCCUCACGCCGGUACAUGGACGAUUUGUAUUUCUUCCACAAAGAAUGGCAAUCGUUUUGCUAUUACGUUAACAGAACGACCUUCUUGGAUUACGAAGUCACUGCCAAGGACCCCGAGUUCUACUCUGGCUACAUCAUGAACACUCUGCUACAGAAAGAGAGCUUCACGGAUGAUUUGACGCGGUUUCUUCUGAAAGAGCUUGAAACCGAGCACACAAAUAUCAGCUCUUUUGCAUUUACAGGAACUCUACUAGGAGGUGAAAUGAUGAAGGUUGGAGCUCACGAUACAUCCGUCCAUCCUGGAUUCCGGACAGCAUUGAUGUCGCUUUCAGCAACCAUAGGCUGGGAUACGAGUACCCUGGAUUAUAGUGGUCUUCCGGAAAGAGGGGCCGUAGUGGGCGAACAACUCAGCACCUUCGGUGACGGCCAAUACCCGAACGAGGCAGGCAAGGACGUGGUACAUUGGCAGCAAGAAUUCUGGGGAAGUAAUUACAAGCGUCUCUUGGCUAUCAAACACCAAUGGGACCCAGACAAUUUCUUCACGUGCAGAGAGUGUGUAGGAUCUGAGUCACAUCACACUCAUGCCUCUGGUCAUUUGAACACUCAUCCAUUUGUUCCUGCGGUCGGUUGAUCGUUUGGAAGUAAUAUGAUAUUUGACUCGGUACAGGUAGUUCUGACACUUGUAACCGAUGGUUGAAUAAAUAAAAUUAUGAAAUAUCUGCUUUA